GCGCUGACCUGACGAACACCUCUCUCCCACCAUGGCAAUAGCCAUGGCCUGGCAUAAACCCGAUAAUGUCGCUGGAUCCUCAGCGCCGGCCAUUAUGGUCGGGCUGUUCGUAGCAACUGGUGGACUAUUGUUUGGUUAUGAUACAGGGUGAGUUGAGUCGGGAUCUGGACGACGCAAAGUGGCUGCGACUGACGAUCUGCAGGACCAUCAAUGGAAUUCUAGCGAUGAUGGCUUUUCGCAAUCAAUUCUCGACUGGUUAUAUCGACCCAAAAGACGGCUUCCCAAAUGUGUCGCCCGCGCAGUCUUCUGUGAUAGUUGCGAUAUUGAGCGCAGGAACAUUUUUCGGAGCACUUCUCGCAGCGCCCCUAGGAGACAAGCUUGGUCGUCGAAUAUCACUUAUUAUAGCUGUAGCUAUAUUCUCAUUCGGUGUCCUUCUACAAACUCUCGCGUUGGCAAUUCCACUACUCAUCGUAGGAAGACUAGUUGCUGGACUCGGUGUCGGCAUCGUAUCUGUCCUGGUGCCUCUUUACCAGUCUGAAAUGGCUCCCAAAUGGAUUCGAGGUACUCUAGUCUGCGCAUAUCAAUUUGCCAUCACAACCGGGCUCCUUUUGGCCGCUGUUGUCAACAUAUUUACAGAGAAGAUGACUGGCGCAACUGCUUUCCGAAUUCCUCUCGCGAUGCAAUUCAUCUGGGCUGGAAUGAUCCUACUUGGUCUCAUCUUGUUACCAGAAACUCCACGUUAUCUCAUUAAGCGGGGUCUUCCCAAUGCUGCGGGUCUCUCGCUCAGUCGGCUUCGCCGCCUCGAUAUUACUCACCCGGCCUUAGUAGAAGAGCUUGCUGAAAUAGAGGCCAACCAUGAGUAUGAACUCAGUCUUGGACCUUCAACCUAUCACGACGUUUUCUUCGGCUCUCCAAAAUUGGGCCUUCGUACCCUGACAGGUUGUGGUCUACAGAUAUUACAGCAAUUGUCCGGCUGCAAUUUCAUCUUCUACUACGGGACAACCUUCUUCCAACACAUCAAUAUUCCUUCACCAUAUGUCAUCGCAGUCAUCACUAACGUUGUCAACGUCGUCUCUACUAUCCCUGGAAUGUUCCUCGUUGAAUCUCUUGGAAGACGUCGACUUCUCAUGAUCGGUGCUGGCGGUAUGGCUGUGUGUCAGCUUCUGGUCGCUUCGGUCGGAACUGCCAUGCCCGAUUCAUACACAGCAAACAUGGUUCUUAUCGUCUUCGUCUGCUGUUAUCUAUUUUUCUUUGCUUCCUCUUGGGGUCCUGUCGCGUGGGUCGUUACAUCGGAGAUCUACCCGCUCAAGGUCCGAGCCAAAUCGAUGUCCAUUUCAACAGCAUCUAACUGGCUGCUGAACUUCGCAAUAGCUUACGGCACUCCUUAUCUUGUUAACAGUGGACCGGGCUACGCCAAUUUACAAGCUCGGGUGUUUUUCAUCUGGGGCACAUUCUGUGCGUUGGCUGUCAUCUUCGUAUGGUGCAUGGUUUACGAAACGAGUAAGAUCAGUCUUGAACAGAUUGAUGAGAUGUACGAAAGAGUCGACCAUGCCUGGAAGAGCAAAUCCUUCCAACCUUCGUGGAGCUUCCAAGAAAUGCGAGACGAAGGAGCCUCAUCGAGUGGAAUACAACUCGAAUCUGUCGAAGAACCUCGACGGCGGUUAGGGACCAGCACAAGUACCGCAGAGAGCGAAACCACCAUGACGGAAGAAGACAAGAUCAUCGCGCAACUAGGCGACGUUGAUCUGAGUUACUAAUGCUAUUUUUGUUGUUAUCAUUGUGUUAUGUAAUUCAGCGUGGAGUUUCUGUCAUGGAGUUAUGGCUAGCAAAUUACCCUAAAGGUAUGGGUUUGGAUGGGAUAAGGGAUGGGUUUUCUGGGCUGUCAUCAUAUUCUUCGGCGAUGACAAUGGGGCGAUUGCAAUUGGAGUCUUGGUCCUGGAAUGUGAGGGGGGACCUGAGAUAACGCGUUGA